AUGCCAACAAUAGUGGUCGUAGGCGCCGGGGUCUCUGGCUUAACCUCAGCCUACCUGUUGUCUCAGGAUAAAGGCAACCAGGUCACUGUCGUAGCCAAGUUUAUGCCAGGCGAUUAUGACAUCGAGUAUGCUUCGCCAUACGCCGGGGCUAAUGUACUACCGAUGUCGGUGAAGGCGAACAGUCGUUGGGAAACACGAUCAUGGCCUGUGCUGCGAAAGCUUGCAAGGGAAGUCCCCGAGGCAGGUAUCCAUGAGAUGAAGAGUCGCGUUUAUCGUCGGGAGAAAGACCUUGAGAAGCUCAAGAGCGGGAAGUAUGCUUUUGAUGGUCUUUUUCAGGAAAAUCCGUGGUACAAGGAGCUUUUUGAUGACUUCCGGGAGCUCCCGAUAGAAGAGCUUCCAAAGGGAGUUGCUUCGGGCUGCGAGUUCGGCUCGGUGUGCAUCAACACUAUGCUGUAUCUACCAUGGCUUGUGGGCGAAUGUCGAAAGAAUGGCGUCGUCUUCAAGCGCGCCACGGUCAAGCACAUUUCGGAGGCUGCUAGCUUGAGUCAUACUGGCAAGACGGCCGACAUCGUUGUCAACAGCACAGGUCUCAUGGCCAGCAGGCUUGGAGGCGUCAUGGAUGAAAAGGUGUUUCCCAUACGCGGCCAGCUCGUGGUUGUCAGGAACGAGGCACCUUACAUGGUGACCAAGUCUGGCACUGACGAUGCUGAGGACGAAUUAUUCUACAUCAUGAGGCGAGCUGCUGGCGGCGGCACGAUCCUUGGCGGAACUUACCAGAAGGGGCAGUGGGAGAGCCAGCCCGACCCUAACAUAGCGACGAGGAUCAUGCGGCGCGCUGUCGAGAUGAUGCCAGAACUGACGAAUGGACAAAGCGCCGAUAAGCUUGAUGUCAUCAGACAUGCUGUGGGACUUCGGCCUUUUAGAGAGGGUGGCGUGAGACUUGAAAAGGAGAAGAUUGAUGGCACUUGGGUGGUGCACAAUUACGGUCAUGCCGGCUGGGGGUAUCAGGGUUCAUAUGGAUGUGCUGAGCGAGUUGUUGAACUGGUUGAUGAGAUACACCCGCGGCCGAAGUUGUAA